UAAGGCCUUUGUCUGCAGGUACCGAGCCCCCGAGCUGCUGUUAGGAACCACCACCCAGACCACCAGCAUCGAUAUGUGGGCUGUGGGCUGCAUCCUGGCUGAGCUGCUGGCCCAUAAGCCUCUCCUCCCUGGCACUUCUGAGAUCCACCAGAUUGACCUGAUUGUACAGCUGCUGGGGACACCCAGUGAGAACAUCUGGCCGGGUUUUUCCAAGCUCCCCCUGGCCAACCAGUACAGCCUGCGAAAGCAGCCCUACAACAACCUCAAGCACAAGUUCCCAUGGCUGUCAGAGGCUGGACUGCGCCUGCUCAACUUCCUGUUCAUGUAUGACCCCAAGAAAAG